CUUCUCCAUCACUCGCUCAUUCCUACUUACUUACUUACUUACUUACCAUCAUGGGUUUCCUUGACGUCUUUUCCUCCUCACAGAACGAUGAGUUCCGAGACUCGGAUGCACCUCACGAAGCUUCCCUGAGUCACGAACUCCUUGGUGGUGCCGUCGCGUUCGAAGCUGCACGGGCGUACGAGCAACACUGUGCCAAGAACGGCAAGCCCGAUAACCAUGCUUUGGCCAAGGAACUUUUUGCUGGUUUCGCUGGUGCUGCACUUGACCGCGUUGCCGAGACGAAGGGGGCUGACAUGUGGUCUGACCACCAGAAGAAGCAAGCGCGCAAGCAUGCUCAGGAGGUUGUUGAAGAAAGGUUCACCGAAGAGGUUUAUGAGCAGCGUUACUAGUGCCAAGAGUUAUACCACAAAGCAAAUAAUGUAUGCUUGAAUUCAACCCACUUGUAUAGCCGCAUCAAGGCAUUUGAAUUACGUGGACAAGCAUCUCGUACGAAGCGUGCUAGGAUACAUAUGCCCUACAAUAUACUAUUCUAAAUGGGCGAACAAAGGCUAUGCAGCCACGUCGCAAACUUAA